AUGACGUCAGCGGGCUUUAACGUGACCUCUGCUGUGACGUCACUGACGCUGGAGGGUCUCGCGCAGCUGUCCGAGCACAGGUCGCUGUGGUUCGCGCUCUUUCUGUCUCUGUACGUGUUCGUGCUGUCCGCCGACUCUCUGGUCGUUUAUCUCAUCUGUUCGCAGAGGACGCUUCACCGACCGAUGUUCGCCUUCGUCGCCGCGGUUCUGCUGAACUCUGCUGCCGCGAGCACGUCGGUUUACACCAAACUGCUGUCCGAACUGAUGUCGGGUCACGGGGUCGUGCAGGUGUCCCGGUCCGGGUGUCUGGGUCAGGCCUUCGUGCUGAUGUCUCUGGGCGGGUCCAGCUUCAUGCUGCUGUCGGCGAUGGCCUUCGACCGCUACCUGUCCAUCUGCCGCCCGCUUCGCUACGCCGCGCUGGUGACGCCUGCCGCUGUAGCGGCGCUACUGCUGCUCUGCUGGCUGCUUCCCGCCGCGAUGGUGGGCGGUGCGGUGCUGCUGGCCAGCCGCCUGCCGCUCUGCCGCUCGCGGCUCAGCAGGAUCUACUGCGACGUGUACAGUUUCGUCAGCCUGAGCUGCGGCGGCGGCGCGACGCUGCUGAGCGAAGUGUACGGCCUGAUCACCGCCGCGCUCACCGUCUUCUUUCCCGCCGCCUUCGUGCUGUUCUCGUACGGUCGCGUGCUGUCCGUCUGCCUGCGGAGCUCGCGGUCCUUCAGCAGCAAAGCGCUGCACACCUGUCUUCCUCACCUGCUCGUCUUCUUCAAUUAUUCGCUCAGCACGUCGUUCGAACUGCUGCAGCGUCGCCUGCAGGCGCGCAGCGAACCCGCCGCGUCCAUCCUCCCCUCCGUCCUGAUGGUCGUGGUUCCGACCGUGCUGAACCCGGUGGUCUACGGACUGAAGGUGAACGAGAUCUACAGACACGUGAAGCGGGUGCUGGGCUGCCAGAGAGCCGCCUGA